UCAGGGAGAGAGAAAAUCAGAAAUUGCCUAAAAUGAAAGUUUAUUUCUUGGCCGGAUUGGUGUUAAUGUCCUUGUUGGCUCUUGGCUAUGCUGACGGAGAUGACAAGAAGCAGAGUCACAGCGUGACGUGGGGCGCUCGAGUAUUCAGGGAUACGCAUCUGGAGAGAGUUGUCAUUAGUGAAAAGUCGAGGUUCUUGCGCGUGGUCACACGUGACUACAAAUUCAAGCAGCAGUCCAAUUUGAAACGUAAAAUUACGCAAAUUGUGAUUACGGAUCAGAUCAAGGAGGGCAAGGGUGGCUAUGCGCAUCUUCGUGGUGGCGGACCUGGCGCCAGUUUUGCCGAGAUUCAUUUCAAGAGUCAGCGCAAUCGUGGGUUCAGCUUCAUUGUGGAUAUUUACGGAAUUUAAAUCUGGAUUGGAAAAAUUGUCUUAAUUAUAAGCAAUAUUUUGAUUACAAUUUACUUCACAUUUA